UAUUUCAAAUUUUAACCUCACUUAUCACUGGAGAUAAAUAUUUAUAUUGCAAAGUACAAUAACGUUUGUUUAAUGUUUGAACUUUGACCUGCCCCAACAGUAACGAUAUGACUAGUAUUUCUCCACGACAAAAUGGAGAGUUUAAUAAAAUUGAAUAAUCAAACUGCUGGCAGAGAUAAAAUUGCGAGGUUAUUACAAUACCUCAGUCGAUAUCUGUGGCAUCGCUUUCAAUACCAUCAGAAAGGUGGAGUUCAUAAUCUAAAAGCGUUAGAAUAUCAAUUAAGCACCUUUCGAAAGUUGCUCAGAUUUGGAAGAUGUGUCGAAAGUUUGUACACAGUAGCACAAAGCUGGCAAAAUCCCAAUCUUAGCAUACGAUUAUCAGUAACGCUUAGUAAAAUAUGCCAUGCCAUAUUCUUAUUUGCGGACCAUAUCCUCUGGCUAGGUCGUUCAGAUUUGUACACCAUCAAUACUGACAAAUGGAGCAGCAUUUCCAAUCGAUAUUGGCUGUUUUCGAUUAUUAUGAAUUUAGUUCGCGAUUUUUAUGAGAUAUUAGUAAUACUAAAGACUAACAGAAGUAGGAUUUUGCCUAAGUACGGCCUUAAAGAUUUCAAUGACAUAUUUUCAUGCAGUGCCAAUGCUGCCAUUUGCGUUCAAGGGUAUCAAAAUGUUGUUGUUGACACAGUUAAAAACUGUUGUGAUGUAUUUAUUCCACUAACGGCAUUGGGACAUACCAAGCUGUCUCCUGGUACAAUCGGUUUGCUGGGCGUGAUUUCUUCUAUUGCCGGCAUCAUUUCGCUAGUCCAGCCGGCCGCUAAGUUAGUUUAGAUGUGCAAUAACGAAGUGGUAGCUGUUGAAACUAUUUUUAUAUGACGAAUAAUGUAACAUUGUUUUAAUAUUCUAUUCCAUUACUGUUCAAUAUAUUGUACCUGUUUU